ACGGACUGAGGGGGAAGCGGUAUUCCCCUUACUGUGGGACUCCUGGCACAGAUGUGACAUUCGGAUAAUUGUUGGAAAUUGAAUAAAAAGCGGAAUUAAGCGUCACUCCAUUUGAUCCUGUAAACCUAAGCGCCUUAUUACAUUAAAUGUUUGUUUUUCAGUUUUUGUAACUGCAUGUUCAAAUGGACUGGGUUGGCACAGUUCAAAGUUCCGAGUGAGCGAACAAAUCUUUUCGGCUUCCCCAAUGAACACGCGCUUGGAGACGGGUGAGAAGCCAAUAAUGAGAUCAUUUCUGUGAUGAGGACUGAAAUAUGCUGUGAAGAGAAUAACGGUCCACUUCGGAACAAUGUGAGAAGAUACGCUUCUUGGAUUCUCGUGUUUCUGGAUAUUUUGAAAAUUAUCGGCAACAGCUGAAAGACGUUGUUCAUGUGGGGUCGUGCUCAGGUGUCUUACCUCCGUAUGAAAAGGGACCAGCAUGGGACUCACGUCACUUUAGCGCCUUGAACUCAUUAAAAAGUGCUUCAAUGUCGAACUUUUUAGACAGCUCUGCCAACGUUCUUGAAGAAAUCCGUCUAUCAACGUAUAGGAUGUUACACCGCCUAUUACGUUAUUUGAAGUCAAUCAUGAACUUUGCUGUCAGUUUGAUGCAAGUGUGCUUUGUGACGCUUCUGUAUUUCUCAGCUGUCAAGAGUGCCUACAUACCGAAGGAGGGCGAAAGGAACACGCAUGACGUGGUUCCCUUUAUGGACGUGUAUAAUAAGAGCCGCUGCCAGCCGCGGGAAGUUCUGGUGGACGUUUUGACAGAGUACCCCGAUGAGCUGGAGAACAUCUUUAUCCCGUCGUGCGUGGUGCUGAUGCGCUGUGCUGGAUGCUGUAAUGAUGAGAUGCUGGAAUGCACGCCCACUGUUACACACAACGUCACCAUGGAGGUGAAAAGAUUAAAACUGUUCCGGCAAGAAAGAAACAUUUUUAUGAGUUUCACAGAACACAGCGAUUGUCUGUGCAGGCCAAAGAGAGAAGUCACAGGGAAGCGGGACAAAAAACGGCGGAAAGGAAAGGGCAAAGGCCAAAAGAGAAAGCGAAAGAAAAGCUCCAACAAAGCAUUUCACUGUGAGCCAUGUUGUAACCUGUGUCCUGAGAGAAGGAGAAAGUGGUUUGUGCAGGAUCCAGAUACCUGCCAGUGCUCCUGCAAAUACUCAGAGGAGGACUGCAGAUCCAAACAGCUUGAACUCAAUGAAAGGACAUGCAGAUGUGAUAAACCCAGACGAUGAGCAGAAAGCACCCAGUGUGAAAAUGGACAUUAAAAUGGAUUCUGACAUGAAGGAUCAGUUUCUAAUAAUCCACAGCACUUUGAACUCUGAGCUCAUUUUCCACUAUGGUAGCAUUCCCCUGGAUGUACUGAGAAAAUAGAGAGAGAAAACAAAUAAUCACAUUAUAUUUUCAUAAAGAAAAAUAUAUGUAUAUAUUAUAAUGGAUGUAUGUAUUAAUCCAGCUGAAAAAGACUGAGGAAAGAAUUGCUGCUAAAGAGACUACAGACAUGACCGUGUGUGAAUGCUUUCCCUGUGUGAAUGCUUUUGUGUUGGAUAUGGGUUUGUUGGCGAUUUUUUUUAAGUGCAUUCGUCGCCUUCCUGAGGUGCGUCAGAGGCGCGUCAGAAGUGCUCGAAGAGUCGUGGAAACAGGCUGAGGAGUCUCUCGCUGAUGUGCCGUCCUGUCGCCGUGGAAACACGGCGUGUGUUGCUGUGGUAGCACCUGUGCAAACACCUAGCCCCAAGAGGACUUUCAAAUGCAUAUUUUCCUUAAAGGGAUAUUAAAUAUGUGGUAUAUAUGGAAACACAAACACCCUGUAGAAGGAUUCCAUUUUCCCCUGAGGCAGAAUGAGAACUUUACAUUUAAUAUAACGGGUCUGUUCCUUUGAAGUUUUUGCUCAUAUUUUUGUCUGUCUUCUAAAAAUUGUGGAAUUUGAUUAAAUUAAAUUGUUCAUAUCAGUAAAAUGAAUUCUCCAUAUAUGCUACAUACUUAAUAUCUCUUUACUAUAGUACACACUACAUUCAGUAAUUUAUAAUGUUAGUGUUUUUAGUAUUCUGUUUUUAUUUAUAUACAGUGUUGUGUUCUGAUGCAUCUCUGGUGUGUUUGUCCCUGUCUGAACAAAUAAGCACUAGUAAUACAUUCCUUUCAUUCACCGUUUGCUAUGAAAUAGUACUUCCUCUACUUAGGUCUGCUUUCUGUGAUCUUCAUUCAUGCACACGUGCGCAUGCGCGUGCGUGUGUGUGUGUGUGUGUGUGUGUGUGUGUGAGUGAGAGAGAGACUUGUGUAGACUGUUGUGUGGCUCAGAUUUAUACAUGUAUUUUCCAUAAUAAAAGAAUAAAACAGAAGAGUAAAAUGUAGCCAAAUGGAAAGCCAGGCCAUCUAAACAUCUUCAUAACGCUCUUUUCCACAGUCUGAACUGACGGCCCCUGGUCCUCUUCCUCACUCUGACUUAUUUCUUCACAGCCUGUAAACAUGUUCAAUAUUAACAUCUUUGUGACUGUGUUAUGUAGUGAAGCAUAUU